AUGCUGCGCAGCGGGAAAAACCUCGCAGCAGAUACGAGGAAUAACACAAAUGUUGGAAAACCUGACAAUGUCGACAAGACCGGAAAAAGCAACUCUCAUCAAAUUCUUCUUAACGAUCUUGACCCAAAUCCAUCUCAAGAGAACCGGAAAACCACCGCUGAAAAGGCUAAGGAAAAGGCAAUAGACUUAGAACUAGAAAAAGAUACGAAGAUUGAGGACGAAAUCGAUCGACAUUACGGAACUGACGUCGAUCGACCUAAAACACCUACCAUCGAUCGACAACCUGAAAAACCCGUCGAUCGACGGUCUACUCAACCCGAACCCAUAAUUGAAAGAGUCUAUAGAACUUUACCCCCUUUUUCUCAUAAAACGCAAACUAAGAAAUCAUUAGAAAACGUGAUUUGCAAGAAAGCCUUAGACAAAAUUUUGGUUGAGAUGUCCCUUAGUGAUGCUAUAAAAAUAGCACCUUCAAUUAAGAAGUAUAUAAAGGACAUGACAUCUCCAAACUACCCAAUUGCAGAACAUAUCUUGAUGAUGAUUUCAGAAGAAGUAAUUGCUAUGAUUAAAGGAGAAACUCCAACAAAGAGAUCAGAUCCUGUGACGUUAGGAUAUAAAGAGUUUAUGCCAACUCCGAUCACCCUGGUUUUAGCUGAUAGAUCUAUUACGGUACCCGAAGGAAUUCUCGAAGAUGUUCCCAUAAAGAUUAACAAUUGCAUCGUGCCUACGGAUUUUGUUGUGUUGAAAUACAGACAAGAACCCAAAGAUCCCCUCAUUCUGGGUCGGCCAUUGCUAGCUACAGCUGGAGCAAUCAUUGACGUUAAAGAAGGACAAAUUAAUUUGAACAUUGGGGAUAUCUCAAUGACUUUUGAUAUGGAAAAACUGAUUAACCGACCCCUAAUAGAUGACCAGGCCUUCUACGUGGAAAACGUUUCUGAGGAUGAAAGAGACUCUUUCAUAAACAUGUGUUCAGACAACCCCUUAGAAGACACCCUUAACCACGUGGAAAAUAAAAAUUUCAGCAUAUCAGAUAGGACAGACGAUUACAUGCGACUAAUGGACGCUAGCAUCGAAGUUGCAAAUGUAGAAGAAAAUGACGACUCCGAAGUUGUCAUCGAUCGAUACCUUCAAGAUACCAUCGAUCGACAACCUCCCUCGCAAUCAAAUUGGUCUAAAGAUAAAGCACCAAAGGUAGAAUUAAAAACUCUACCCAGCGGUCUUAAGUACGCUUACCUUUAUGACCAGUCCUACCCUGUUAUCGUCAACGCCAAUCUCACUAGCGUAGAACUUGCUUUAUUAUGA